AAAACAAACACACACCCUUUAAUGGGAUAGUGGUUUAUGUGUGAUCGCACACAUCCCAACAUGGAGCUAUCUGUGGCAUUUGGAUUCCGAUCACAGAACCUCUCACCCUUUCCACACAUACCCUUUUCUCCCAUCAAGCACCCUUUCAAGCAUCAACUACCCUCUUCAACCAAGUUCAAAACCAAACCCAAGACCACUACACUCACAGUUACAGCAAAGAGAAAGACACCCAUUGAAGGUGUGAGCGAGGAGUUGAACGCCAUAGCUUCUUAUAACCUUGACUUUGCUUACUCUCGAAGAACGGUCCGUGCAGCUUUCGCUGAGGUGCAGCAGCAGCUGGAUCAUUGCUUGUUCAAGAAUGCUCCUGCUGGGAUCAGAACUGAAGAAUGGUAUGAAAGGAACUCGAGGGGAUUGGAAAUUUUCUGCAAAAGCUGGAUGCCAAAGCCUGGCAUUCCAAUCAAGGCUUCCGUUUGUUUCUGUCAUGGAUAUGGUGAUACUUGCACCUUCUUCUUUGAAGGUAUAGCCAGGAGAAUUGCUGCAUCUGGGUAUGGCGUUUUUUCUAUGGACUAUCCAGGUUUUGGUCUUUCAGAAGGAUUACAUGGUUAUAUACCAAACUUUGAUUAUCUAGUUGAUGAUGUUAUAGAGCAUUAUACAAAAGUUAAAGCAAGGCCUGAUCUGAGAGAGUUACCUCGAUUUAUAUUGGGGCAAUCAAUGGGUGGAGCAGUUACUCUUAAAGUUCAUUUGAAGGAGCCACAUAAUUGGGAUGGAGUGAUACUUGUAGCACCUAUGUGUAAAAUUGCAGAUGACGUGUUACCAUCAGAUGCAGUUUUGAAGGUAUUAACUCUUCUGUCUAAAGUGAUGCCAAAAGCAAAACUCUUCCCACAGCAAGAUCUAGCUGAGCUGGCCUUCAGAGAACCAAGCAAAAGAAAAUUGGCUGUUUACAAUGUGAUUUGUUAUGAUGAUCAACCACGAUUGAAAACUGGCAUGGAACUUUUAAGGACCACUAAAGAAAUAGAGUCACGAGUACAGGAGGUUUCAGCGCCAUUAUUGAUUCUGCAUGGAGCAGCAGAUAAGGUGACAGAUCCAUUAGUGAGCCAAUUUCUUUAUGAAAAAGCAUCUAGCAAGGAUAAGACCCUAAAGAUCUAUGAAGGUGGUUACCACUGCAUUUUGGAAGGGGAACCUGAUGACAGAAUAUUUGCUGUACAUGAUGACAUUGUCUCUUGGCUUGAUUUUAGAUGUUCAAUUUUGUGAGGUUUAUACCACGGAAUAUUUCCUUCAUCUUCCUUAGUCAAAUAAUGCUUUCAUGAUAUCUUAAUUGUUCAAUGUCCUAACUACUUUGAUUGUAAUAGUUGGACAGUGAUAAAUUAGAAGAAUGAUCCAA